UCAUAUCGAACCUUCUGAGGUCUCUCUUUCUCUCUUCUCAUCGUGUUUGCUAUGCCUCCUAUCUCUUUGACGUCAACACUGUAAUUUCCAAUUCGUUCGAUCGUCGUUCUAAUUAAGGUUACACGUUAUCCGUGAAAGCUUUGUGAAAGCAUAGCCGCGGCUAGGAGAAGGUGGGUAGCGAUGUCGCCGCCAUCGCGAUCACACAACUACGAGGAUUUCUCUAAAUAACGAAGAGAGAAAAGAGAGACAGAGAGACAGAGAUACACAGAGAAAGAGAGAGAAAGAGAGAAAAUCUGUAGGGAACCUUCAUAAAUUUUCUUUGUCGGUCGAUAAACCGUGGACAAUGCGAACAAUGCGUGACCUUGAUUUUGAGAGGCAAUAGGAGAGAAAUUUUGUGACUGAGUGGGUGAGUGUGGUGUGUAGUUUGGUCUGUAUGUAUGUGUAUAUAUGUCUGUUCGAAAUUAAACGUGCCCUAUCGAUGUCGGGAAGAUACGAUGAGAUUGAAGAGAAGAACGAUGACGACGAUGAAGAUGCGGUAAGAGAAGAGAGGAAGAACUUGCACAACACAACUCGUAGAUGAUAGCAUUGUAUGUUAAGGAAACCUUGCGAACAUCUAAUUAUUAAUCUAGGUUGUCGUUGUCGUCCUCGUCGUCGUCGUCAUAGGCAACCUGAGUGUUAACUCUACCGAUUCAAAUUACGAAGUAAAUUGAUUGAUUAGACUUAACAAACGAGCUGAUCCAUUAACUUCAUAUAACUUUCUGUGCGUUAAAACAAAGAAAAAAGAAAGGAAGAAAAAAUAUUAUUUGAUCUGAAAGUUGAUACCGGUUGGAACAUGAUAAAUCUUUCUAUGGACCAAACAUUCCUAGGUGAUAUUUAAUAUCAAUUACUCUUUUUCGUAAAUUCCGGACUAAGUUUUUGUUUGGUUUCAGAUUGUAAAAUUACAAGUGUGAUUAUUAUACAAGUUUAACAAGAUAAUGGAAAAGAGUAAUUGAUUUUGAAAAUCAUCUUUCGAAUCAUUUACACGUUCAAAGACUUUUGACACGUUCUUUCGCAGUAUAACGAUUAAACUAAUCCGGCAAAAAGAAAAAAAAUAGGGACAAAAAAUAUAUAUAAUAAAAGGAGACUCAAAAAUUAUAGACAAACGUGAUUUCGAAGUUACAUCGCGUUAUAAGAGGAGUUAAGGAAAACUGAAGUGAAAAAGUUCAAGAUAACUCGACUUGUUGAACUUCGGGAAAGCAGACGACAAGAUCCUGUUUUAACUUUUAUUUUCCUUUUUGAUUUUAGAAACGUUUAUUCCCAGCAUGAGUUAAUAAUGCACUACAUAUGUCAGAGUUAGGAUAAUCAAAUAUAUGAUAGCCAUGCCAUAAGAAAAAAAAAGAAAAGGAGAGAGAGAGAGAGAGAGAGAGAGAGAGAGAGAGCAUCAAUCCUUUCUUAUUAUUGAAAAAAAAAGAAAAGAAAAAAAGAACAUAUCUGCUUAUAUUCCCAAUUAAAAAAUUACAUUAAGCUAAGUAUAAUUCCGGAUAAGAAUUUCCGUUCCUUUUAUGGUUAUUUACCCUAUCCUCGUGUAAUAAAUUUUUUAUAGGAUCUCUAUUUAUGUAUAUACAUAUAUACACAAACUUUCUUUGGUAUAGGAGGAUGCGCAUGAACAGAGAGAAAUAGAGAGAGAGAGAGAAAGGGAGGGAGGGAGGGAGAGGGAGAGAAUGAGACAGAGAGAGAGAGAGAGAAAGAGAUACAUCGGGCGUAACAUCGAUCUGAUGUAUCGCUAAUGAACGGCAACCUGAACGGUUUCAUAAUCAAAGCCGAAAGGAACUCAUAGAGGUUCUCUUAUUCUAUCUAAGGUUUUCGAAAGGAGAAGAAGAAGGAGAAGAAGAAGAGAGAGAGAGAGAGAGAGAGAAAGAGAGAGAGUAAGAGAAAGAAGAUCGAACAAAAUAAGACGAUGGAUCCGUAUCAAGAGGAACAGCAACGACAGCAACGACUGCAGAAGCAUCGUCACCAGCGACAGCUGGUAAUAGAGACAAAGUUCGUUGACGUAAAGCCGAUUAAGUAUCGCGUCGUUCGUGCGAGGAUUGUCCUGUGAUCGGCCUGAUAGACCUGUUACUGGAAAAUCGAAAGAGAUAGAGAGAGAUAGAUAUAGAGAGAGAUAUAUAUAUAUAAAGAAAGAUAAACAGAGAUAAAAGAUAGGUCGAAGAGUUAGAAAAACGGCUGGACGAUGCAUCACAGUGGAGGUGUUGGUUACGGCAGUGGCCCUCAAGAACGAGUACAUCAGGUGCCUCGUACUGCUACCCAAACCGACAAGUAUCCCUUCGAGGGUUAUCAAGGCCAGAUACCGGAUUGCUGUGCUGCUGCUGCGGCUGUCCAGGACCCCUAUCCUAGACCACCGAGCGGUUACGAUGGCAGGUGCUACGAUGAAUAUCAUCGUACGACGCCUUAUCAAGACGAUUCCUAUUCUCAGGAUGUGCCCCCGACCUUCCAUCGACCUCAGUCCAGACUGGGAUACGAGGAAUGUCCACAAUCUCGCGUGGGAUAUACCUCGGAUUCCAGGUGUGCCAGUGGACUCGGGUACGAUGACACGGGCGGGGGUUACCUGGAUCAGACUGACCCAAGGAUGUAUUGCACCGGCGGUUAUUGCAUGGGGGAUACGAUGAUGGCCACUAGCAGAGGUGUCUGCGGCGAGGAAGUUGAACUCGACAUGCGGAGGCAUAUUCAAGCUUGUGCCUGCACUUGUAAUCAUAUGGGAUAUGGAAAUUACAUGGACUAUCAGACUACGUGCCUAACACAACUGCCAGACGUGGCACCGUGCAAUGGCACCGUGCGACUACCACCACCGUGCGAAGACUCGCCAAGUAGUGGAAGCAGCAAGGAUCGUAUGGACGAGAGUCCUCGGAGAAGAUGCCGAGUCUUGACGCCUAUCCUUCUUCUGAUAGCGGCUUUGCUUCUUGGUGGUUUAUGCUUACCACUCCUGUUACAAUCCGUACCUGUCACGCAUCAGCAGAGACUGGACGUGAUAAGAAGGAUUCUCACUGAAGUGCCUCUAAUCGAUGGGCAUAACGAUUUGCCCUGGAACGUGAGAAAGUUCGUACAUAAUCAACUGGGCGAAGUUAACUUGAGUAGCGAUCUCGGUAGAGUGGACCCUUGGGCCAGGUCAGACUGGAGUCAUACAGAUAUUCCUAGAUUGCGCGCUGGCCUCGUUGGUGCACAGUUUUGGUCCGCCUACGUUCCCUGUGAUGCGGCUCAGCUAAACGCAGUUCAACUUUCUCUAGAACAAAUCGACGUAAUUCGUCGGCUUGCCGAGAUGAAUGCUCAACACUUAACUCUGGUUACUUCUGUCAAGGGCCUGAUCGAGGCACAUCGCGAUGGAAAAAUUGCAAGUCUGAUAGGAGUCGAAGGUGGUCAUUCUCUUGGGAACUCCUUGGGUGUUCUCAGAACGUUUUAUGGCCUUGGGGCACGAUAUCUUACUUUGACACAUGCUUGUGACACUUCCUGGGCAGUAUGUUCAGUUGGCGAGACGAAUAACACUCAAGAUGAGACACCUGGGCUCAGUGAAUUUGGAAAGGCGGUGGUAAGGGAAUUGAAUAGGUUGGGCAUGCUAGUAGAUCUCUCUCAUGUUUCCACAAGGACGAUGAGAGCAGCACUGCAAACGACUAGGGCACCAGUGAUUUUCUCCCACAGUGCUGCAAGGGCACUCUGUAAUUCCAGUAGAAAUGUACCGGACGAUGUACUCAGGAAUCUAGCAAAAAAUGGUGGAGUGGCGAUGGUUCCGUUUUAUACGUACUUCAUAACGUGCAACAACACCGCCACCAUUAAGGAUGUUAUUGCACACAUUAAUCACAUACGAAAGGUGGCGGGGAUCGAUCACGUUGGGAUAGGAGCUGGCUUCGAUGGAAUAAAUUUCACUCCUACUGGCCUGGAAGAUGUAUCGAGAUACCCUCAAUUACUGGCAACGCUGUUAGAAGAUCCAUCGUGGACCGAAGAAGACAUCAAAAAAUUAGCUGGCCUCAAUUUACUAAGGGUAUUCGCUAAAGUCGAACAGGUACGCGAUGAAUGGCACAGAGCUGCGGUUUUACCAGUGGAUAAAAUUAGUCCACCAGAUAAUUCGGCCUGUGCAUAUGGAGCGUCCUGAUCCUCUUCCUUACGUGCGUUGACAUCAGGAUAUUUGGAAUUCGUACGAUCGCCGAAAAUACGACAUGCCUUGCGCUUCUAUAAGACCUAUUAGGAAGUGCAAACAUGAGGGAAAAAAAGAAAAAAAAGAAACCGAGAGUUUGUUCCUUUACGAAAAAACUCCUUCCUGGUCUUCCAAAGACCCUAUCGCGCCUUAAUGGAAAAGAAAGAUUGAUGGUUAUUACAUUAUCUGGAAGAAACACCUUCAGAACAUGUACGUUUCCUCUAUCAACGACUAUCACUUUCUAUUUCCUCCAAUUAAAAUAUAACGCGACGAAUAUAUAGUGAGAUUUUAUUUUAAUUUUUAUCAAUUUUCACGUGUGAGUUGUUUUCUUUUUUUUUAUACAUAUAUAUACAUAUAUAUAUAAAUAUAUACAUAUAGAUAUACAUAUACACUUAAACCUCGUAGAAAAUUCUUCUAACCAAAAGCUCACACAUUUGAAAACAUUUUAUUAAUACGUUCUGAAGGUGUAUGAGACACGUGUGUAUAUGCAUGCAAGGAUGAAUAUCCUUUCGUGAAUGACUUCCAUAGAUGCGGACAAUCGACCUGACAGAAUCGUUUUUUUGAGAGAAAUGAACCAGCGCCAGACCCGGCGAUUUUAAAAAGAGUCUGAGACUAAUGAUUUUUUUAUACUUUUAUCUUCGAGUAAGUAACUCAAUAAGCUGUACGACGAUGAGAAUCUAAUCUACAUGUAAUUGUAGGACACGUGAUAUAUUCGAUUUGUGUGUAUAAGGAAUUCUACGAAAUCAACUUGAACGUGAAAUCAAUUCGUAUAUAUACCUACGUAUUGCAAUAAGAAACAAGAAUUUAUUUGUAAUAUUUUUCAAAGUUAACUUCUCUUCAUUUUUCUACUGCCGGGAAGGAUCAUUAGAGAUACCAUUAAUACGUGCAAUAUAAGGUACAAAGUUUGACCAGUUGACACACAAUUUAUUAAAUACACGUCGAAUGAUCGAAGUUGAACCAAAAAAAGAAGGAAGGGAGAAAAAGAAAACGAGAAAAAGAACAAAAAUAUAAAUCAAAUGCUUUUAAAAUUAAGUUCGAGGCAACAGUGGAAAAUCGUUAUCACAUAUCUUAAUAAUUUAACAUUUGGCUUCCAUUGUGCUUCUAAUUCUUUACUCGAUAUUCCAAAAGUCCGGUAUUAAAAAGCUCAAGUUUAUCUUCAAACAUAACCAUUAGCAUCAAUUAAUUGAUCAGAUUAUACCAAAAACACAUAGAGGAGAAACAAUUUUUAAUUAGAAAGAUAAAUUUUAAGACUCGCUUCUGUUAGUAAAAGAAAAAAAAAAGAAAAAAGAGAAAAAAGAAAGAAAAAAAAUUUCUAAUUCUAUCAUGUAGGUAUGUUAGUUUUACCUUGAAAGAAUUACUUUAACAGAUUAGUAAACUGAAGAACGACCUAUUAACGUCAUCAUUAACAUUAAACACUGCCGAACCGCACCAUUCUAUAAGACCCUUCAAAAUACCAACGUCAUUCGAAAUAAACUAUUAAUAAGUUAACGUACCAACAGUUUGAAGCUAGCAAUAAAUAUUUCAUUUCGUGCCAAUGGAGAAGAAAAUGGUCGCGGUGUAUGAAAUGUUUCUAAUACAUCUUGUAUAAUAAAACUACAACCUACGCACUUUCAUACGAAUAAAUCAUACGUAACUUAAUAAUAUCGAGUGAGAUAAACGAUUAAGUAUUUCUUGAAAUUAAUUUUAAACUUAUUACAUUCAUAUAUCCAAUUGUUUAUUUUAUAAUAAUAUAAAUUUAUUUAUAAAUUCUUAUUGUAAAUAUCCUAUGUAAAAUUAGAAAGGAAACAUAUUUCACAUUUUAUUAACGAACCGUUUAAAAGAAAAAAAUAAAUAAAUAAAUAAAACGAUAACUCAAUCGUUUAUUGCAUUCGCAACUUUGCAAAAUAGUAUGCAUGAAUAAUCGAUAAGAAUCGGUAAUGAUAAAUAUGUAUUAUGUGAGUAGACAAAAAGAUCGAACGAAUUAAUGCGAUGUGCAAUGUGUAUGUGUGUGUAUGUAUAUAUAUAUAUAUGUGUGUAUAUAUAUAUAUAUAUAUAUAUAUAUACAUGUAUAUAUCUAUGUAUGUAUGUAUAUACAUAUUAUACUUAUGUAUGUAUGAGAAUGUAAUUAACAUUUCAUUUACAUGACGUUUCGCCAUUUAAAGAGUCAAACAUACCAAUAAUGCAUGAGAACCUUAUACGAAUGCAGAAGUACAUUUUACUGUUCAUAAAGCGCCUUUUUAUUCGGAAAAGAAUGUUUUCAAGAUGACCUUAACGAAAUAUCAUGAUAAUAUUAUAAAGAAGGCGUUCGAGAACACAUCUACGUAUAAACGAAAGAAAAACAACAACAAAAAGAAAAGAAAAAAAACGAAAAAAAAGAACACAAAUAAUAAUGAGACCGUGUAUAGCCUAGACCCUAGUCUGUCAUAGCUUUUACGAUAUUUCCACUUUUCUUACUUUUUUGGAUAAAGCACGGUUCGUUGCGCGUGCGAGGUAUUGUAUUAGGUACCUGUAUUCAAUACUAUUUUUUCUAUACAGUAUAUCGUAUUGAAAUGAGAACUUACUCGAUAAUCGAAAAUACGUAAUAAAAAUCAAAUAAAAAAAAAAGAAUAAAAAAGGAAAGUUAAAAGAAAUUCAUAUUUCUUUCCAUCGAAUUUACUGAUUAUUAAAGUCAUGUAUAAAUCGAGUAGACUAAUUCCGAUAGGAUAUCCUGUGUAGAUAAAAAAAGAGCUAUGCGCCUUCAACGACUCGUAACGAAAAAAAAGACACACGUUUUAUGAAGUUUUGACAUGAUUACACUUGAUCGAUCGACGGGAUAUAUUGGAUAAACAAUUUUGAUAAACCGACGAGAUAUUACAAUUUUGUCUGAACUGUAAGUACCUACCAUUAAUCACGCGCGAUUUAUAAGAAACGUAUUGUUCACUAUUUUCUUGCAAAAACUAGAGAAUUUCGGAACGAUUAACUGUAGAACACUUUUCUCUCGAAGUAUAGAUAACAAGAAAAAGAAAAAAAAAAGAAAAAAGGAAAAGGAAAAAAAAGAAAUAAAAUAAAACAAAAAGAAGAUGAAGAUGAUGACAGGAGAAGAAAAUGAUGAUGAAGAUAAGAAAAAUGAAAAGAUGAAUAAAAGGCUUGGCAUUUCCUUAAGGCUGAUAAAAAUAAUAUUUAACGGGCGCGAUGAAAAGCAAAGAGUUAAUUGCAAUUGACGAUAAAUUUCUUAGUAAAAAUGCAAACGCUGGCAGAUUAACAUUAGCAGCAGCAAUAAAGUGCACGCAAAAGUAGUCGACAAUUAAUAGCAUAAAAUAUUGAACGAUUUAUAAUUCGUAAAGGAUAAGUCUAAAUAAAAUACAUAUUAAUGCAAUCAAGAUAUAUCACACGUCGUAUUUUCGACGUGGAGAAGAAGAAAAAGAAGAAGUAGAAGAAAAAGAAAAAUAAGAUGAAGAAGAAGAGAAGGAAGAAGAGGAGGAAGAAGAGGAAGAAGAAGAAAAAAGAUGCAUCAAGCAAGCGCGAGAUCAUUUCUUUUUUGCAGCGAUACUUCUGCAUAUUCCAUAGAAUAAUUCGCUUCGAUAUUAAAUAUUAUUAAUGGUUAAAGGAACAAAAGAGAAAGAGUUGCACGUUGCAUUAUCACGCAGCAAAAGCGUAUAUUAGUUUUCCUUCGAGCAAGAACAUUUAACAAUAUUAUAUACCAAGACCUCGAAGUCGUACACGAUACCAAAGAAAUAUUUCAAAUUAAUCCUUCGAGAGAAACACUGAUAUGUAAAAGAAAAGGAACAAAAAGAAAGAAAAAAAGGAUAAUGAAAUCAUUCGGAAUGCACAUUCAGAUUUGUGAAUUAGAUGUGAAAAUGAAAGAGUAAAAGUGGAAAUGAAAAUUUUGAAUAUGAAGAUGAUGUAUUUAAAUUGAGCAAGCAACUGUUGUACGUGUAGAUACUCGUUUAAAUAUGUCUCGCAAAUUCUGUAUUAACGAAUAAAUGCACGUACAUAUGUGUGCUGGUAUUAAGAAAAUUACGAGAAGAUUCUCUCGAACGUUUUCGUAAGGCAUAAUCGUAAAAAAAUCAGGCAUGCAUGCGUAGAUUAAGAUCUUUCUUUCUUUUUCGUUUUUUUUUUUCCUUUUUUUGUUUUCUCUAAAAUCAACGGAUGCCGAGAAAAAGAGAGAAAACAGAUCAAAUGUGGAGAUGUAAGAACGUAGACGAGGAACGUAGAGGAAUGAAAAGAACGAUAUUACAAAGGUAUAUUCAGACUUGUUAAUCUGAUAUUACAAUGAAACCGAUAUUAAAUGAAAAAAGACAUUAAAUAUGAUACAUUUGUAAAAUAUCAAAGAUUUCUGAACGAGUAGCAACAAAAAAUUAAUAAAAUUACGACAAAAUUUUAUAUUCUUUUUUUUAAUAAUAUUUCAAAAAUAGAUGAGAAGCGAUUUGAUAAAAAAAAAUUCAAAAUAGUAAGAAAAAUCUACAGGGGGAUCAUUUCUAAAAUUUCUAUUUUAAAUUUCAUUUCUAAAAUUUGUAUGAUACCAAAGUUGUAAAAAAAAAAGAAUAACUUAGUUAUUAUUCAUUUCUAACGAAAAUAUCAAGAAGAUAAAGAAAAUCUUUUUCUUCCAUCUCGUGAAAUUUUAGUAGAAAAGUUGGAAUCAGUUAAAAAACUUUUUUAAAUAAAUGUAACCAGAAACUUUUAAUAUAUCACAAACGUACUAUAUCAAAUAUCUUUCUAUCAUUUGAGACCACCCGGUUUCAUUUAAAUUUCAAAUUCAUAAAUCUGAAUAUUCCCUUGUUAGCGAUAAAGAAACCUCAACGUAUUUAGCGUAAAUAACACACAACUGCCUAGAAACUCAGAAUUAAUACUAAUAAUAUAUUGUACGGAUUAUAUUAUAUAUACAUAUACAAUUAAUAACGAUAUGUCCAAACGCACAAAAGACAAGUUUGGCAAGGCAAGAUACGAGCAUAAUGUACAUAAAGAAUAUAUAUGACGAUACCCAAUCAAGAUGUACAUAACAAUGAAGAGAAAAGCGAUCCAUUACAGGACUGUACUCAUAGAAAAAGAAAAAGAAAAGAAAAGAAAAAAAAAAAGAAACCUUAAAGCGCGUUCCUGUCUGAGCGUAUAGACACACAGCGUUUCAAUUCAGAGCGUUUAGCGAGAAUACAUAUCUCUGAUUACUCGUUGUGAAAUGAGUUUCACGGUUGAAGUCAACGUAUCUAAGGUACGAACAGAUUAAGCUGUCAUGUUACUUUUCUCGAUGAAGGAGAGAACAAAAAAAAAAUUAUUCCAAGGUUUCACUACAUUCAAAUUGUUCUCCUUUAAUUUUUUUUAUCAUUUUUAUCAUUUUACAUAUGUAUAUAUAUAUAUAUGUAUGUAUGUAUAUAUAUAUAUACUUAUAUAUAUGUGAUAUAUAUAAUGUAUAUAUGUAUUUAUAUAUUUGUUUAUUUGUUUAUUUCUUAUUUUAAUUAUUGUAUAGUUGUUGUAUUGAACAAUUUAGUGCCAAACCAUUUAGUGCCAAUUCAAUAAUUUAGUGCCAAAAUAUUCGAAAUUUCUUUUUCUCAUUUCAUACGAUUGUCUUUAUUAAUGAAAAUAAACAAAAAGAAUAAAGGGGCAAAAAACACGAAAUGAAAGAACAAGCGCAUUUAGAAGAAUUUCUCGAGCUAUACGACGUUUCUAUUAUGCAAAAGAAACCUUUUAAAAGGACUUAGCUAUGAAAGACACAAUGCGAAUUCAGAAGACAUAGGUAAAUGCUUUUAGGGAGAUGUGGAUAAAACAUUAUAUAACGAGUAACAACUAAGGGAAAGACGUAUAGGAAGAUUGAACAGACUAUGGAAAUUUAGAUAUUAUAGAAAGUUUUAAUAAAUGAAUUAUUAACGCUAUGAAGAA